AUGUCGAAGAAUAGCAGCAGUAGCAGUGAUGAAGAGCAAGAGGGGGAAAAUGUAAACUGGAAGAUGUUCAAUAGAAAGACGAAGGGAACUGCUAAAAAGAUUUUCAAUGAUGAUGUGAGUAGUGGAAGUGAUGUUAGGAUUUUGGGGGAAGAGGAAGUGGUGAGGGAAGAAUUGGAGUCAGGAAAAGUCACAAGAAAUGUCGAAGAAAUGGUUAGAAUUAGCAGCAGUAGCAGUGAUGAAGAGCAAGAGGGGAAAAAUGUAAACCGGAAGAUGUUCAAUAGAAAGAGGAAGGGAACUGCUAAAAAAAUUUUCAAUGAUGAUGAGAGUAGUGGAAGUGAUGUUAGGAUUUUGGGGGAAGAGGAAGUGGUGGAAGAAGUGAAAUUGAAGGAAUUAGAUAGGAUGAGGAAGAGACACACUAUUUACAAGGGUAAGAAUAGUGAUCGGGGAAGUGGAAGUGAUGUCGUGCUUGUAACUGAAGAAGAUGUCCCUCCAAACUUGAGAUGUAGUUAUGUCAAGGGUAGGAAGCAGUUUCCAUGUAGAAGAAGAAAGAGGGUUAGAAGUGAUGGAAAUGCAACAAAUGAAAGAAUGACCAUGGAGAGUGAACCUUCAGGGAAUCGAGCUCAGGACAAGGAAAAGGGUCUUCUAAUUGAAAAUCUUGAUGAUCUCAACUCAAAAUCCUCUAGCUCUGAAGAGGAUGCUGAUGAUUCUGAUAAUGCCUGUAGUGUGGAAGAAUCAAGGAGCUCUGGUACACAAUCAAACCAUUGGGGUUAUUGUAGUGAGGAUAACCUUGAAGGAGGGAUAGGAAAAGAUGAUGGCUUCAUUCAACUACCAAGUCCAAAGUCCAGAGAACACGAACCAGGACUCGGAACAUCAAGGAAGUGCUGUCUUCAUGUUUCUGAGAGUGAAAGUUCUGAUUCUUCAGGUGAGGAUUCUGAUUCAUCAGAUCAGAUGCCAAAGAAGAAAAAGGAAAGCAGUAGGAUAUCUAAACCCUCAAAGAGAAGAGAAAGAGAUGUGGAUUACAUGAAUAUUCUUCUGGGGUCCAUGCUGAAGGAUGAUGAGCAGACAAACAAAAAUCCAUUUUCUUUUGAAGACAAUGGUCCUACUCAUACACUGCCAUUAAAAUUCAGAUUUGAUGACGAGGAUUUAACCCCACCCAAGAAAGAAGACUGGCAGAAAGAAAUUGAUGAUCUUUUUACUGAGAUGGAAAUGUGCCUCACAUUACCAGAUUCUGACUUUACUGAAUCAUCCAAGAAAAAAGAGACUCCACGAAGACGGGAUUGGGUUGACCUUAGCCGAGAUUACUUUGGUAUUCAUGAGCUUCAUCUUGAUGACUCAGCCUCUGGAAACUAUUACACCCCCAUUGAUGCUGAAGGCUUUGUACUGGAUCUUAUUCCAGAUGACAUUAGGAUGUCAAUGUAUAGUCAUCAGCUGGAUGGAUUUGUCUUCUUGUGGAAAAACAUAGUAGGAGAAACCAACAUCGAGAAGCUGAAAACUGAACUUUCUGAUGAUGGAAGAGGAGCCAUAAUAUCACAUGCCCCUGGCACCGGGAAGACCUGCCUAACAAUUGUUUUUAUUCUGUCAUUGUUGAAAAUGUAUCCAAUGUGCCGACCCGUGAUUAUAGCUCCUACAAGCAUGCUGCUUACCUGGGAAAAUGAGUUCCGAAAAUGGGGAUAA